AGCACGCCGUGGCGGAGGGUUUAAUGCUAAUCCACACAGACGACGAAAACACGUCUUAAAGUCUCACUAAAGUGAAGUUUCUCAGUUCAUUUCAGCGAAACACAGAAGGCUGAGCUGAAGGUUCGGGCUGCUGGAGAACAGAGGUCAGCGGGAGGCGAGCCCCCGUCGCCUACCUGUUUUCACUGUGCAGGUGCUGAACCCGCUGGCUAGCAGCCAUGAGUGACCUGGGGAGUGCAGCGCUGCCCAUGAGUCAGGGCACCUUUGAGCAGCUGUGGUGUGACAUAGGCUCAGACAUGGGAUUCAAUCACCUAAUCGCAGAACUGCCGAGAGCUGACAGUGAUGCCUGGCUCACUGCUGCUUUGCCCAAUGGCACCUUCACUGAGAGCUUUGAGCUGGAGCUUGCAGAAAUCGCUGAGAGUGCUGCUUUAUCUGCUGAGAUUUCGCCAUCUUCAGACAGUAUGCCCCCUCCAGCGGCAGUGGUGCCAUCCACCAACGACUAUCCUGGAGAAUAUGCCUUCCGGCUCCGCUUCAACCAAUCCAGCACAGCCAAAUCUGCUAUCUCCACAUAUUCUACUCAGCUGAACAAACUGUACUGCCAGCUGGCUAAGACUUGUCCAGUUGACGUGAUGGUGGAGAAAGAACCUCCUCAGGGAGCUGUCCUGAGGGCCAUGGCUAUCUACAAGAAACCCGAACAUGUCUCUGAGGUUGUGCUGCGCUGCCCUCAUCAUCAAAACAUUGCAGAGAAUAACGAAGGUGUUGCUCAUCGCAGCCAUCUAAUCCGCGUUGAAGGCAGCCAGAGGGCUCAAUAUUUAGAGGACUCUAGGACCAAGAGGCAGAGUGUUGCAGUACCUUAUGAGUCCCCUCAGCUGGGAUCAGAGGGCACCACGGUACUGCUGAACUAUAUGUGCAACAGCAGCUGUAUGGGGGGAAUGAAUCGCAGGCCCAUUCUUACCAUCAUGACUUUGGAGACACACGAUGGGCAGGUUUUGGGUCGCCGCUGUUUUGAAGUCCGUGUUUGUGCCUGCCCUGGGCGAGACCGCAAGACGGAAGAAGAGAACCUUGGGAAAAAUACUGUAAAGACUGCUUCAGGAACUAAAAGAAAGUCUUCGUUUGUGGACUUGAAGUCCACCACCUUGAAUGCAGAAUCGUCCAGCAGUAAAAAGAUAAAGAUGGAUUCCAGUGGAGAGGAGGAGAUCUUCAUUUUGCAUGUCCGAGGUAAAGACAGGUAUAAUAUGCUUAAGAAGAUAAAUGACAGUUUGGAGUUGAUGGAUGCAAUGACGGCUGCAGAAAAGGACAAGUACAAACAGAAAUGUGCUUCUAAAAGCGUGCAGCCAAUCCCUGGAAAGAGGCUUCUUCUGAGGGACGAUAAGACGGACACUGACUGAAAACAAGCUUGCUUUCCUGUUGGUCAGCUUUUUGGUUCACUGUAGGCUAAAGGUUGUUUUGUAUUGAACAGUUUUAUUGUUUGCUGUUCAGCUGUCUCACUGCCCUUUUGAUACAUAUGCUUGGAGCUCAGUAUACCCCGUUUUCCACUUUGAAGUGCCACAGCUUUGCGCAUCAUUCUUAUACAAACCCUGUGAGUUUUCUUUGUGAUUUGGUGGUGGCUGUUAUGCUCCAUAAAAUUACCUGUGAUUCCAUUUCAAUCUAAUGUGGCAUUGAUCAGUGUUGACUGUUGUAAAUUCAGUCUCAGGUCAGUUUAUGAUCGUUUUGAUGUUAGGUGUAUUAUAUCGUCUUUUUUCUUUUUUUUUUAAAAUAUAACUUUUGUCAUUCCAGAUCACUUUUUAUAUGGAAAGUAUUUUUGUAAUCCUAAUGGUUUGUUUCUUUUUAGGCGUUGAGCAUCUCAUGGAACUCUUGUUGUACAGAGAACAUUUUCUUGUUGCUUACUCUGAGUUGUAUAAUGUGUAGAUUAAGGGGAUUAAGAUUUUAAUUCCCAUAAAUGAUAUGACCAAAAAAAAAUUGCACUUAUAUUUUUGUACUCUCUUGUAUGUAUUUGCCACACAGUUUCAUUUAAGUUUGGACUUCGUACCAGGUUCACUUGGGAAGUAGUAUAAAGACGAAUGCGGUUAAGUCAUGCUGUAUUAUAUGUAAGUGCAAACAAGAUGGUCAUUUGAUAAAAGAUUUUUUUUAACUAUUA